AAGUUUUCUCGGUCAUUUGAUCUUCAGUAUAAAUAAAAUACUCAUUGCUAAUCUACCAAGAAACAACACCAAUGAAGCAAUAAAUAUUUUUACUCAAGUUGGUGAAGAAAAGUGAGCAGUGUGUUAUUUUCAAGUCAGUUUCGGAUAGCUCCAACUGCAUAAAAAAGCAGAAAUCGAGUGUCAACUUCAUAUCUAUAGAUCACGUAACCUGUAUCACUGCCAAUCAGCUUAUAACUUAUGAAGCAUGCCCUUUUAAAAUAUUAUCUCCUGUUAGAUCUACAAGUUUCUACGAUGCUACAUAUACAAGAGCAAACCCGAGGUAGAAUACAGAUUUUGAUCCCUAUGGCCAGGAAAGGUGUACGAGUGUUAUCCUUUGUAAUUCUUAUGAUGGCUGUCUGCGUAAGCUCAGAUUUUGCCCACGACAAAGCGCAGUGCCAAGACCAAUUACUGGGUCUAUCUUCGUGUCUCGAAUAUGUUACCGGAGAUGUCAAAACUCCUACUCCAAGUUGCUGCACUGAGCUCAGUAAAGACUUAAUCAAUAACACUCUCUGUCUCUGCAUCCUCGUUAGAGACCGUAAUGAGCCCAACCUCGGCUUUAAACUCAACGCAACGCUUGCACUUCGUCUCCCUUCCUUCUGCCACGUAAAGUCGAAGGCCACAGAUUGCCCUGAUCUUCUACAUCUAGCUCCAAACUCACCAGAGGCUCAGGUUUUCAAGCAAUUUGGCAGCAGCCCAAGUGCUGGAGACCCUAACACAAGUUCAAGCAGCAAAAGUUCGAGCAGCAAGUCAAGCGUGUUUGGACAAGCGACACUGGGAUCGGUCGCUGGAGUUUCACUGUGGCUAGUGCUAUCAGUUUUUGUCAUGAGCAAUUAGGAAAAGACUCAUUCUGUAAUGUAACUAGUCCAUUUGUCUACAAAUUAUCCAUCGAGUAGCAUGAAUAUGUACCAGGAAAGUUGGCUCCUUCCAACAAAUUAAAAAUAUCAUUAUCAACAUCAAAUCAUAAUUAGGCGCGUUCCCACACACACGUCGAUAUUGUAAACUUUAAUUCGAAGCAAUCAGACCGUUGUACUUUAAUUUACGAGCAAUUAGCAACUUCAUUAGUCUUCCGUUCAA